UGGCGUUUGUAUUUACAAGGUGGCCACUUGCUGUUGCUCGAGCUUUUACUUUUAGCUUAGCUAGUAAACUUUCUAAACGUUCUGCAGAAGUAAAGUGCUGAACGCAUUAUACCGCAAUGAAUUUUCUGUCGAAUAAUGGAGCAUGCGUAUUUUGCGUCUUCCUUACAUGCUUGGCUUUGACCGGUUCAAAAAAAGCUAGGAGCUUUGAAACCAUUAUAGAGCAAGCAUCACCAUCAUGCUCCCAGACUGCAGAAGUUGGUGAUACUGUUGCAGUCCAAUACACGGGUAUACUGGAAAAUGGGCAGGUAUUUGAUACCUCGAGAAGAGAAGGCAGGGGACCGUUUACGUUUGUAUUGGGACAGAAGCAAGUAAUUCCAGGGUGGGAGAAAGGAGUUGUAGGUAUGUGUGUUGGGGAGAUACGAAAACUGAUUAUUCCACCUGAACUGGCAUAUGGUUCAAAGGGAGUACCACCACAAAUACCAGGGGACGCAACACUGCUAUUCCAGGUGGAGUUGGUGGCCGUGGAGAAGGCGACGAUACUGCCGCGAGUACUGUCGCUUGUGCAGCUGCUUGCUGUGCCUUGCAUUGCCGUCUACACCAUCUACUACUGCUACACUAAGUACCAGGAGCAGGAGCAAAAGCUAAAGGAUAGUCGGAAACAAAAGAAGCGGCGAUAACUAAUGGUUUCGUUCCGAACAGAUAUUGGCCUGUCCGACUGGAGUGAUUGAGAAGUAGUUAUUUGCCGGUCAGUGUUGCAACAGGGGACAUUCUGAAAAAUACUGCUUACUAACGGUGCUGCGAAGUCAACAGUUUAGUGUGGACAUGUGAAUACGAACUGGUAUACAAGCAGCAAUAUCUAAUCAGGCAUGUUUAUCUUGCUCAGAUGGAUAGGUCAAUGACAUUGGUGGGAGCAAUUUUCCUUUAAUUUUCAUAAUUUUUUUACUAUUAGGGAGAGGGAUCAACUUUAUUAGUGUAUGUAGCACGUGUUGCUUGAGGUAUCUUUAGAGUAAAUUUAUACGUGAUUGUACUAAUCUGCGAUACAAGAAUGAUUCAAUUUUAAAUAGGCUGGUUUUAUAGGUGCAUUACAUAAAGUGCAUAUACUAUAGAAAAGGUCAUCUAUAGUGAAAGGCAGUGCUAUGGAACAUUAUUGAGUGAUGCAGGCAAUCAUACUUUAAUUACCAAACAGGACCUGGCAUUUAAAGAUAGCCAUCAUCACAGCAUCAACAAAUGUUACCCAUGAAUCAACUCUACGUGUAUGUUUUAAAAUGCCAGACAUGAUCAAUUUAGCACAUUAAGACUGUUUUGUAUUGCAAAGCAUCCGUUAAAUAUUUGUACACUUCUCCUUUAUCGAUGUCCUCCAAACCAUGUUUGUGUUAAAUGUAUGACGAGUCUGUGAUAUAAAACACUUUUUUCCAGAA